AUGCGAAGGGGCCAGCAGAUCUGGGUAGUGCUGGGGGGCAUCAUUGUCCUCAGCCUGUUCACCAGCCUCACCAGUCGGCUGACCCAGCAGCCGGGCAUCUGGACCUCCGACCGCUACCUCCGGCCCCUUGACAGCAACAUCACCACCCUGACCGACGGCACCUUCACCUUCCGCCUCGACCGGAGCGCCUACGAUGCCGCCUUCCCCCACCUGCAGCGCUACACCUGCCGAGAAGAGAUCGCCCCGGAGGGCUUGUGCCAGGGCCCCGCCGGCGCACCGCUGCUCCUCCUGGCGGUCAAGUCCCACCCGGCCUCAGGCGGCAGGAGGGCCGCCCUGCGCCGCACCUGGGCCCGGCCCAGAGAAAUGGGGGGCUUUCGGCUGCGGCCCGUCUUCCUGAUGGCCACGGCCUCCGACCACAGACACGCCAGGCUGGUGCAGCUGGAGAGCGACACCUUCGGGGACGUCCUGAUGUGGGACUUCGUGGAGUCCCAUCACAACCUUUCCCUCAAGGAACGCUGCUUCCUCCAGUGGCUCCACAGACACUGCCCGCAAGCGGCCUAUGUCUUCAAAGGAGACGACGACCUCUUUGUGAACCUGAAGGCCUUGACCGUGUACCUGAGCCAGACGCCCAACGCCUCCUGCUUCAUCCAUGGCAACAUCCAGAACCAUUCCACCGUGAUGAGGAGGGGGAAGUACGCCGUCCCUCAGACCCUCUACUCUAUGGGGCACUACCCCAACUUCGCCUCCGGAGGGGGCUUCAUCAUGCCCGGUGCCUCCGUCGCGGCCCUCUACGCAGCGUCCCUGCGGCUCCCCGUCUUCCCCCUUGACGACGUGUAUUUGGGGUUCCUGACUCUGGCGGCUGGGCUCCCCCAUCAGCACGACAGCCGCUUCCGCGUCUGGGGGAUUCCUGAAGACAAACUCCAGGUGUACCGAGGGUCCUUGACUGUCCACGGGGUCUCCAUGGAGAGGAUGGAGCAAGUGUGGCAGGCGUUGUGAGGCCUCCACCCCCAGGGCCACACCUGAGCAGAACGUGAGCCCUCUGCGGGCGGAGGGCAAGCUGGCCUGGAGACACCCCACCACCUGGCCACAGCCCAAGGAGCGGGCCAACAUAGCGUGGCCAUGUGUUUGGCUUGACAGAGGACCGUCCAUCCUUUGGAGGGCUGUCGCAGGACCGACCCCCUCUUUGAAGCAGUUCCCUGCUGGAAGGGCUG